AUGUCGCUAACUCCUCCUCCUGGCUAUAGGUUCGUUCCUUCGGAUGCCGAAUUGAUUGGCUUCUAUCUCUACAACAGGGUACAUAAUUUACCUUUUCCCUGUGAUAUCGUUCCAGAAUGUGACCUCUAUGGCACUCUAGAACCCUGGCAAAUUUGGGAAAUGUAUGGAGGACCCAAAUUGCGUAAUCAAGAUCUCUACUUUUUCACCCCAUUAAAGAAAAAAUCCAAGAAGGGUUCAAAUAUUUGCAGGAGGGUGGGUUCUGGAACAUGGCAAGGGGAAGAUGGAGCAACAGAAAUAAAAGAUGAAGAAACCCACAAGAAAAUUGGGUCCAGGAAAAGGUUCCGAUAUGAGAAUAAAGACUCGGAACACCAUGCGGGUUGGAUAAUGCAUGAAUAUAAACUAAUUGGGCAUGAUGAGUUUGUUGUCUGUAGAAUUCGGAAGAACGAAAAUGAUGAAGACGCGGUUGUGAAGAAAAGAAAGAGAAUGUGCAACUCCAAAGAAGGAAAGGUUGAGAAGCAGCUCUCCAAACGCUCAAGGGUUGAAGAGAACCCAGUACAUUCCCAAUUGCAAUGUGUUAAUGAGAAUGAAGGUGAGGCUCAGUCUGAAUGUGAAGCACCAUCACCACCGCAAUUACUUGGAGAAGAAGUUACAGAUGACGAUUACUCUACCUUUUUUGAAAAUCUUAUUCUCAUUCCACAGUCUGAGCAUGAGGCAGAGGAAGAAGCAGAGGCUCAUUCUAAAUUGCUUGCGGAAGAGGUUAAUGCUGAUAUAACAGAUGGUGAUUACUUUACCUUUCCUGAAAAGCAAAUUCUGAUAUCACAGUCAGAGAAUGAGAAUGGGCAUGAGCAUGAGCCUGAGCCUGAGCCUCUAUUGGUUCGAGUUGGAGGAGAGAUUAUUCCUGAAAUCAGAGAUUAUUACUUUUCCAGUAUUCAUGAGCAGAUUAUUCCUGAAAUCAGAGAUUAUUACUUUUCCACAGUUGGCCUCGUGCAAGGAUCCCAGGAACAAAGUGAUUCGAUAAGGCUAACAGCUUCUUUACUCACCNCCGUACCCGAGACCCAGAGCGAUAACGACGCUGCACGAGAACCCGAGAACGAUGCAGUAGCAGAAACCCAGAACGAUGAAGAUACUGCGGAAGAAACUGAGAACGACGACGUUAUUGAACCUGAACGUGAAACUCAACCGGACCCAAUGGUCUGCGACAAUGACAGGGCACAAAAACCUCAAAUUGACGCUGAAAUUGAACCCGAAAAUGAGGCGGCAGGUGAAUCGCGAAAUGACAGCGUAAUUGAAGCUGAACGAGAAACUCAGACCGAGCCGAUGGUGUCAGACUCUGUGUCGGAAGAUGAUCACACUGCCUCUGACGAUACGCAGAAGUCGCCGAAACGUAACAAUGGGGCUUCUCAAAACGAGGAUGAAGAGGAGGAAGAAGACGAGGAGGACCCUCCGCCAAAGAAGCAGAAACAACUGUCAUCUUUAACGAUGGCGACUGAGACGCAGCUCGAACAAACGCAGGAAUUAAAGGAGCUAAAAACUCCAGUUGGGGAUAAUGGUGUAGCUUCGAAGAUAAAUGCAUGCCUAUCCACAGCGGCUACAACGACUACAACGGCAAAGAAAUCAAAGAAGAAGAAUAACAAUGUGUGGGUUUCGAAGACGACGAGAAAAGGUAAAAAGAAAAGCAAAGCGAAUACACAGAACCAAGCGUCGAAUGAAGAUACUGUGUUGAUAACGCCGGUUCAAAGAUUUCCUGAUAAAGGAGAUGAUAACCCAGAAAUGAAGAUUUGUUUAUCAAAGGUUUAUAAAGCUGAGAAAGUAGAGUUAAGUGAAGAUAGGAUGAGUGCAGGGAGCACAAAAGGGUAUAGAAUGGUGAGAGCUACUCGAGGGGUUGCAGAGGGAGCUUGGUACUAUGAAAUUAAGGUGGUGAAAUUGGGUGAGACAGGGCACACACGGUUGGGGUGGUCUAUGGAGAAGGGUGAUUUGCAGGCGCCUGUUGGGUAUGAUGGAAAUAGUUUUGGCUAUCGGGAUAUUGAUGGAAGUAAGAUUCAUAAGGCCUUGCGGGAGAAGUAUGGUGAGGAAGGGUAUAAAGAGGGUGAUGUUAUUGGGUUUUAUAUUAAUUUGCCAGAGGGAGGACAAUAUGCACCAAAACCACCCCAUUUUGUUUGGUAUAAGGGGCAGAGAUAUGUUUGUGCACCUGAUGCCAAGGAGGAUCCACCGAAAGUUGUUCCUGGAAGUGAGAUAUCUUUCUUCAAAAAUGGUGUAUGCCAAGGUGUUGCUUUCAAGGAUUUAUAUGGUGGUCGAUACUAUCCUGCUGCUUCAAUGUAUACUCUUCCCAAUCAACCAAACUGUUUGGUCAAAUUCAACUUCGGCCCUGAUUUUGAAUUCUUUCCUGAGGACUUUGGUGAGUGUCCGAUGCCCAGGCCGAUGAUUGAAGUUCCUUAUCAUGGGUUUGACAGCCAAGCUGAAAAUGGUGUGUCCAAUGAGAAGAAAAAUUAGUCAACAGCUGUAUCUUUCAGCCUUAUAUGACAUUGAGAAUCUGAAUUGGGAGAUUGGUCCGGGUUGGGCAUUCUACUGUAAUUUGAUUACUGUUAAAUUAGGACUAACAAAUUUAUUGAUGAGUUCCGCAAACUUGAUUUUCUUUGAAAGAAGGGAAAGAUGGAGUUGAUUUUCUGCUUGGGAGUUGUAAAGUAUGAGCCGAUUGAUAUCUUGAUAUGUUUCUUAGAUAUAGCAAAUGUAAUCUCUAGUUUUUAUGCUUUUGAUAAAUAAGAGAUACAAGUUCAUCAUUAUGCUUUAAAAUUGCUGCACUGAUUGUGUAGAGAUGGAGUAAAAGCUAAGAUUUUCAGAAUGCUGGUAUAUCUUUUGCUUCAAGUUUUU